AUGGAGCUUGCUGAUGCCCUCGCAACCAUAUCAUCCAUGAUACAACACCCAAAAAAGAGUUACAUUGACCCACUUGAACUAGGUUUAAAAGAGCAACUAGUACAUUGUUCACAUGUGGAAGCGGAAUGGGAUGGAAAUCUAUGGUAUAUCGAUGUGAAAAAGUACUUAGAAGCUGGUGAAUAUCUGGAAAAAGCAACAAGUAUUCAGAAGAAAACAAUUCGAAGAAUGGAAAACAACUUCUUUUUGAAUGGAGAGGUUCUUUAUAAGAGGACACCCGAUUUGGCAUUACUGAGAUGUGUGGAUGCUACAGAAGCCACAAAAUUGCUUGAAGAAAUGCACGCUAGAGUUACACGGAGAUCUGAUCAAAGUACCACCCCAUGGGCUCAAUGCGAUGAGUUCCCCUUGGCCAUUAGUAGCCUAGGGCAUGGAUGUUUUGGACCGAUUGAGCCUGCUGCCUCCAAUGUUCAUAGGUUCAGUUUGGUGGCCAUUGAUUACUUCACAAAGUGGGUCGAAGCUGCUUCCUACAAAGCUAUGACAAAGAAAGUUGUGGCCGAUUUUGGUCGCAACAAUUUGAUAUGUCAUUUUGGAGUUCCAAAGUCUAUCAUCACAGACAAUGGAGCAAAUCUGAAUAGUCACUUGAUGAAAGAGAUAUCUGAACAAUUCAAAAUUACCCACCGCAAUUCAACUGCAUAUCACCCUCAGAUGAAUGGAGUUGCGGAAGUUGCUAAUAAGAACAUCAAGAGGAUACUGAGAAAGAUGAUUGACAACUACAAAUGUUGGCAUGAAAAUUUGCCUUAUGCUUUGCUAGGCUACCGCACCACAAUCCGAACCUCAACUGGAGCAACUCCUUACCUAUUGGUAUACGGAACAGAAGCAGUGAUACCAGCUGAAGUUGAGAUACCAUCUUUAAGGAUUAUUCAGGAAAUGGAUUGA